GUAGAAUGGGGAAUACGUGACAUACUACUGUAAAUGCCUUUUAUGGGACACAAUUUACCAAUUAUGGCACUUUUAAAAUUAUAAAAGCCAGAAAUUUUGCCGAGGUUAUGAUUUUUUCGUUUGUCAUACACCUUCUACGACUGUAUGCAGCUGAUGGAAAUGCAUCGGGUGGUUCUGGUGCUACGAUACAUACUAGCCGUAAGUUCAAAGUUUGUAAAUCAAUGAGCUUGGUGUAUAUGAAUGGGAAUGCUAAGGAAGUACUGUCAGUAGAUGAGUCACUGUUCGAGCGGCAUAGUGAUGUACCUUCGUGUAGAAUGGCGUUUAAAAUCUUUCUGAUACAUCGAAAAGUGGGCAAAUUGUACCAUAAGUAUUUGAAUGCCUUUGUAAAUGAGGGAAAUAUUCUUGAAAAAGAGAUUAGUCGAAUGGUAGAUGAGAAGGAGAAACAGAGAAUAACUGAAUUAGAAAAAGAAAAGGAAUGGUUGGACGAAUCAGAACAGAGAUACGUAGAAACUAAAAAAAGAGAUGCGGAAAAGCGGUCUACGGCACAGGCUAGGCAAGAAGAUAUCUGCAAGAUUAUGAUGAGGAUGAAGGACAAGAGAAAAGAAGAACAAAAUAAAUUAAAAUUGGCGCAGAAGGUAGUUGAAAAAUUUAAAGAGAAAAAGAAUAAAAAAAUGUCACCUGAGGAAGAAAGAGUAAGAAAGGCUGAAGAAGAAAGGGUAAGAAAGGCUGAGGAAGAAAGG